AUGGCCCUCUUCUCAGCAUACGCUCUUGCCCUUUCACUCUUAACGGUCCCCUUGAUCCUCUACUUACUUAGGAUCGGGAAAAGGGAGAGUGGCCUUCCUCCUGGGCCGUCGACACUACCGCUGGUAGGUAACCUCCACCAGCUCCCACAACAUCAUGUGCAUCUACAAUUCACCGCCUGGGCAAAGGAAUUCGGGGGGAUCUUCUCGUUGAAAUUUGGUCCCGGAACAGUCAUUGUCGCGACGAGCCCUCGCGCCGUUCGUGAGCUGAUUGAUCAGAAGAGUGCGAGCACCUCAGAUCGUCCACCGUCGCAUUUUUCGAACGUCGUUACUGGCGGGAACAACGUUGGGUUCGCCCGAUACUCGGACUAUUGGCGACGAGGACGUCGUGUCAUGCACUCGAUGCUUACGAAGAAAGCGUGUUUGAAUCAUUUAACUAUCCAACGCGCCGAGGCUUCGCAGUUGAUGCACGACUACCUUGUCGAGCCUAAGGAUUUUGUUGCUCAUGGCCAGCGUUACGCCAAUUCGGUGAUCACCUCAAUCCUCGCUGGUACCCGAUCGCCCCACCGCACCAGCCCGCUCGUCACCUCUUUCUUCCAGAUGCAGCACGAAUGGACUAACCUCCUCGAACCUGGUGCCCACCCUCCUGUUGACAUGGUACCCAUCUUGAAGUACAUCCCCGGACAGUGGAAACAAAUUUGUGCCAAAAUGAAGGCCUCCCAGGAAGAGCUAUACGGCGGACUUAUCGACGCUUGCGCAAAGCGCGUUGAAAGGGGUACGCGCAACGGCUGUUUCUUGGAAGGUGAGCUGGAGAACAAGGAUGUGGACCGUGGUUUGCUACGGGGGAUGUGUUCCGCGCUUAUGGAGGGCGGGUCUGAUUCGACGUCUAUAUAUCUGCAGAGCUUCAUUCUUAUGCUUGUAGCGCACCCAGAGGUCCAGGCGAAGGCUCGUGCGGAAAUAGACACGGUCGUGGGACUGGAUCGGUUGCCUGACAUUGAUGAUAUGGACAAUCUUCCCUAUGUGUCAGCCGUGAUUAAAGAGGUAUUGCGCCUCCGGCCUAUUACUGCCCUGGGAGCACCACAUUACAGUACUCAGCCUGAAAUUAUUGACGGUUACAUGAUUCCGAAAAACUCUAUGAUCUUCAUCAAUCAAUGGGGAAUGCUACACGACCCAGACUCAUAUGAUCAGCCAGAGUCAUUCAUCCCCGAGCGUUUUUUGACGUCGCCGUUUGGCACAAAGCCUGGAGCGGAUGACACAGGUCGGAGUAAGGAUAUCUUCUUCGGUGGCGGUAGGCGUAUCUGCGUUGGCAUGCAUCUCGGACAGAACUCAUUGGCUAUUACGAGCAUGUAUCUCAUCUGGGCGUUCAACUUGACCAACGCUAUCGACCCACAGACCAAGAAGCCGAUCCCUGUGGAUAUCAAUGAAUAUGACAUCAGCCUCAAUACGAUACCGAAACCGUUCAAGUGUGACAUUCAAGUGAGGAGCGAAGAACAGAAACGCAUGGUCGAGAAUGCGUUUGCAGAUGCACGCCAGGUUUUCGCGCCAUUUGAGCAAGAUUAG